CCAUGCUUCUGUUUAGAGCGGGUACGAUCCAAUGAGAAGUGAUAAUGCUCACGUAUUUUACGUACUUCCAGGGUCACACAGGAAAUGUGAUGUGGCUGUAGUGGACUUUCACAAUGUCUGCCAUUUUCAACUUUCAGAGCCUCCUCACAGUCAUCCUCCUCCUCAUCUGCACGUGUGCCUACCUCCGGGCCCUCGCUCCCAGCCUGCUGGACAAGAACAAAACCGGGGUUUUGGGAAUAUUCUGGAAAUGUGCAAGAAUAGGUGAGCGGAAGAGCCCGUACGUGGCCUGCUGCUGCAUCGUCAUGGCCGCGACCAUCCUGUUCGCGGAGUAGCUCAGCGUAGCGGAACGGAAGGGAAGGCUGCGCGGUCCAACGGCGGCUACCGCAACCGCUUCUGAGAACUCUGUCACCGAGCGGGGCGCGUCAUCAACGUAACGGACGGUUUCUAUCCCAUCAGCCGCGGCUCCGAGCUUUGGGGCCGUGGGCCCGAGGCCGAAACGUUGGCGGUCGGACUGCGGAGUCCACAAAAGCGCAGUUCUUCAUCUGUCGAACCCGCGGAGCUUUCCGGAAACACAACAUGGAGAAGCAGGCCCCUUGUAAUGUUGCCACGGCGUAGAGGCCUCAUUUUCCAGAUCCCCCCAGCUCCCCUGUGUCAUUACGCGUGUGUGUUGGAGGGCUGCGCCAUUGUGAAAUGUCAUGUUUUUUUUGUUUUUUUGUAGUUUUCUGUCAUCCUGAGUACAAAAUGCCUUGUCAAACACCAAAUUGUGGAAAAGUCGUCCCAUGUGUUUGUUUGAAGUCGUCGCUCCUCGCUACAGUUAGCGGUUCCUGUGGAGCGAGCACAGCAGUCACCCAUCCUGGGGGCCUGCACAAAAUGGUCCAAAAUGUUUCAGUGAGCCUGCUGGCCAGCAGCUCUUGUAAAGCCAUUUAGAGUUUUAUUUAAAGAGAAAUCACGUUUUUGAAGAGCACUAGAAUACAGCUGUUUGAUCGUUUGUUUGCUGGUAUGCAGUUUGCUUGCAUUUCUUAGCAUGAAGUCAUUUCAAACUUUCCAGAUGAAUGUUUGGCCAGGGAACGCCAGAGAGAAUUGCUGAUCAUCGCCACCAAGAACUCUCCUUACGCUUAAACAGAUGUUUAGUAAAACAGGAUUUAAAAAAUAAAAAAUCUACUUUUAAAAGAACAUCAAUUGGCAAACUGCUCAAUAUGCUUUACAGUUACAAAGUUAUGUUUAUACAUGGCUAUGUUCAGGUGAAAGAAAAUAACGUGUAAGCAAUUAAUCGGAUUCGUAAUAUGUUUCUGUUCAUUUAAAAGGUAGUCUGUUGGAUGCAUUUCGAGGUACUAAUUUAUUAAAAAACAUGACAUUUUUCAACUGGAACCUGGUGUCUUCAAACCAAAGUUGUUGAUGGCUUUUUACAAAUGUUUCUUAUAGUAUCUGCUAACCUUGGGGAAACGGUAUCUAUAAUUUUACAUGUCCAUCUAACCUGUAGAGAAGAAUCAAAAGGUAGUUUCAUUUAAGCAGCCACAGAAGACAUUGACACCGGACAAUCCCAUAUUGUAAUUUAUAUGCACAGUGGGUAUUUUUAAUCGAAUAAAGAAUAUAUUCCUACUGAU